AUGGGUUGUGGUAUGAGCACGGAGGAGAAGGAGGGCAAGGCCCGUAACGAGGAGAUUGAGAACCAGCUGAAGAGGGAUCGCAUGCAGCAGCGCAAUGAGAUCAAGAUGCUACUUCUGGGUGCUGGUGAAUCCGGAAAGUCGACGAUUCUGAAGCAGAUGAAGCUUAUUCACGAGGGUGGCUAUUCGCGCGAUGAACGCGAGUCCUUCAAAGAAAUCAUUUUCAGCAACACCGUCCAGUCGAUGCGUGUCAUUCUGGAGGCAAUGGAAUCACUGGAGCUGCCUCUCGAGGAUCAACGAAUGGAGUACCAUGUUCAGACAAUUUUCAUGCAACCGGCACAGAUUGAGGGCGAUGUCCUGCCGCCUGAGGUCGGCAACGCGAUCGAGGCACUGUGGAAGGAUCGUGGUGUCCAGAACUGCUUCAAGCGUUCAAGAGAAUACCAGCUUAAUGACUCUGCGAGAUACUACUUCGAUAACAUCGCUCGCAUUGCCGCGCCAGACUACAUGCCUAAUGAUCAGGAUGUCCUACGGUCUCGUGUGAAGACAACCGGUAUCACGGAGACGACUUUCAUCAUAGGUGAUCUCACCUACAGGAUGUUCGAUGUCGGUGGUCAGCGAUCAGAGCGAAAGAAGUGGAUUCACUGCUUCGAGAACGUCACCACCAUCCUCUUCCUCGUUGCCAUCUCCGAGUACGAUCAGCUGCUGUUCGAGGAUGAGACCGUCAACCGUAUGCAGGAGGCUUUGACUCUGUUCGACUCCAUCUGCAACUCCCGAUGGUUUAUCAAGACAUCCAUCAUCCUCUUCUUGAAUAAGAUUGAUCGUUUCAAGGAGAAGCUCCCCGUCAGCCCCAUGAAGAAUUACUUCCCCGACUACGAGGGUGGUGAUGACUAUGCCGCGGCUUGCGACUACAUCUUGAACCGAUUCGUGAGCUUGAACCAGCACGAGACCAAGCAGAUCUACACACAUUUCACCUGCGCCACCGAUACAACGCAGAUCCGAUUCGUCAUGGCUGCGGUCAAUGAUAUCAUCAUCCAGGAGAACCUCCGUCUCUGUGGUCUGAUCUAA